AUGGCUUGGUUUCGCCAGUUCUAUUGCGUGGGUCGCCAACUUCCCAGCCGGAGCCAGUUGCCUUCAAUGUUCCACCGCCAUCCCCAACUUCGCGAUGGCCAACGAUUCACACCCAAAAUUCGCUUUUUCUCCUGUUCUCCUAUUAUAGCUGGCAAGAAGCGCCACUAUCUCAAGCAAAAGGACAAUCCUCCGACGGCCGUAAAUUCUGCGAAGGCCGUAGACAUAUGCGGCGAGUUAGAGUCCGUCUUGAAGCUCGAUCGUCGCCUUUUCGACAUCGCGCGCCAGCAUGGCCUCUCCGGCGGAGAAUGGACAGGGGCCGCCUACAUUUACCACGUUCAUUUGCCUGCCAUUGAUAAAUUCCUGCUGGAGCAAGCGUCGGCAUCAUCUUCGGAAAAACACAAUGCGCUCUCCAUCCAAAGCCGGGAGCAACUGGAGUUGUCAAAGGAAAAAGUGCACAAAGAGUGCGUGGAACACUUAUCAGGAAACAUCUCAAAGCCGGGCAAUCAAGAUCUGCUCGUGUCCCUUAUCACCGCCAUGUAUGAGUCCAAGGUUCUACGUGACGAAAAGAAAAUAACACCCAUACUGGAGGAAGUGUUCAAGCUUCAGAGUCCCAUUGGCCUGCCUAGAACAAUCGGUGCCCUCAACGUGGAAGGCCAGCUGUUCUUUGCCGCUUCGAAAGCGUGCUUUCAAGUCGUCGACAGCCUCAAACAUCGCACUGAUCAAGACCGAAGGGCUCGCAUAGAUGCAUUAAAAGCCGCCGCCAUGCCUUCCAACUCAGAUGUCGUGCGACGCCUCGAUCUAGGCAAUGAAGUUCUCAAGGAAGGAAAAACACCAAAGAUUCACCUUCCCGGCAAGCUGUCCGUCUUCAACAUUGACGGCAAGCCAAAGCCUUGUUGCCUCCGAUGUCAAUGUCUAUGUGAGGCGGAAGUUUCACCUGGCAUGAUCGAGGCCCAGGCUUCGAGACCUACCCCUGGGAGUUGGUUUCCGCGUCUCAGCUGCGUCGAAACAGAACUCUGCCUCAAGACCUUGGACCUAGAGGGCGUUGAGUUGUAUCGAGAUGGAACUGGAGAAGAUACAUGCCCCUGUAUGAACAAAGAAUAA